AAACAUUUGAGAUAUGGGGAUCUUCUUCAUCUUAUUCUUCUUAUUUUCCUUCUUCAACGGAGAAUCCAUAGCCGCAGAGAAGUUUUGGAGCAGAAUAGAGAUGGCUGAGAUGAAUGGCUAUGGAGAACACAAACUCUCCUCUGUGGUUAUCACCGGUUCUCUUCUUUGCAACUCCCCUGUUUCAGGUGCCACCGUUGCUAUCAAGUGCCACACUGGUUUCAAAAAGAGAUCAAACUGGAUAAAAGCAGUUACUGAUGACUUUGGAGAGUUUGUUAUCCAUCUUCCUUCUCAUCUUCACGCAAUUCCGCACCUAGAAAAGGCAUGUUUCGUCAAACCAGUACAUGUGCCUAAGCACUAUCAUAGAUGCUACAAGACUUUCUCCAAAUCUAAUAUACACAAAGGCAUCAAACUUGUCUCUUCCACAAACGGCUUCCGCGUCUACACAUCAGGAACGAUCAGGCUGCAUGGACACAGUUCAAGAUCUUCCCAAGCACGCAAAUCCGACAUGUAAUGUAAACACACAAAAUAACCAAGAGAUAACUUGUGAAACAAGCAUGUUUUACUUCUUAUGGUCUUCACUUGGUUAGCUGGCGCUUAAGUCACAUAACUAAGUUUGAGUCUCUCUACAUUUCUCAUAUUCACAGUGUACAAACAUAAACCUACCUUUCCAUACCUUUUCAAACUAUCUUCCA